UCCAUUUGUUGGCACACAGCUUCUGCUUUCCUGGGGGCCUCUUCCGAGUCCCCCGGUCUGUCAGGAAUGAAGCCCCAACACUGUUGGCAAGACCCACCAGGCCUUCUUCAGAUAGACACAUCGAGAGACCCGUCAUUCCACCCAUGCCCAGCUUCCCGGAGGCCCUUCCUGCCUCCACUCCUCCCACCCCCGCUGCAGGUCACUGACCCUGCUUGGAAAACACCAGGCUUGCUCAUAUAAGGAGCGUGGGCCAGGCCUGAGUAUUCAGCGAUGGCAUCUGCAUGGUGGCCCUGUCUCAUCUUGGCUCUGCUCUUCAGCUUGGCAGCCUCUGGCUUCCCGAGAAGCCCCUUUCGGCUGCUUGGGAAACGGAGCCUCCCGGAAGGGGUGGCCAAUGGCAUCGAGGUCUACAGUACCAAAAUCAACUCCAAGGUGACCUCCCGUUUUGCUCACAAUGUUGUCACCACGAGAACGGUCAACCGUGCAGACACGGCCAAGGAGGUUUCCUUUGAUGUGGAGCUGCCCAAGACGGCCUUCAUCACCAACUUCACCUUGACCAUCGACGGUGUUACCUACCCUGGGAAUGUCAAGGAGAAGGAAGUUGCCAAGAAGCAGUAUGAAAAGGCUGUGUCCCAGGGCAAGACGGCCGGCUUGGUCAAGGCCUCUGGGAGGAAGAUGGAGAAGUUCACAGUCUCGGUCAACGUGGCUGCAGGCAGCAAAGUCACCUUCGAGCUAACCUACGAGGAGCUGCUGAAGAGGCACAAGGGCAAGUACGAGAUGUACCUCAAGGUCCAGCCUAAGCAACUGGUCAAACACUUCGAGAUCGAGGUAGACAUCUUCGAGCCUCAGGGAAUCAGCAUGCUGGAUGCUGAGGCCUCGUUCAUCACCAAUGACCUCCUGGGAAGCGCCCUCGCCAAGUCCUUCUCAGGGAAAAAGGGCCACGUGUCCUUCAAGCCCAGCUUAGACCAACAGCGUUCAUGCCCAACCUGUACAGACUCCCUCCUCAAUGGAGAUUUCACCAUCACCUACGACGUGAACAGAGAAUCUCCUGGCAACGUGCAGAUAGUCAAUGGCUACUUUGUGCACUUCUUUGCACCUCAAGGCCUUCCAGUGGUGCCUAAGAACGUGGCCUUCGUGAUUGAUAUCAGCGGCUCCAUGGCUGGUCGGAAAUUAGAGCAGACAAAGGAGGCCCUUCUCAGAAUCCUGGAAGAUAUGAAAGAGGAAGACUAUCUGAAUUUCAUCCUGUUCAGUGGAGAUGUGUCCACAUGGAAAGAGCACUUAGUCCAGGCCACGCCCGAGAACCUCCAGGCGGCCAGGACGUUUGUGAAGAGCAUGGAGGAUAAAGGAAUGACCAACAUCAACGACGGGCUGCUGAGGGGCAUCAGUAUGCUGAACAAGGCCAGAGAGGAGCACAGAGUCCCAGAGAGGAGCACCUCCAUCGUCAUCAUGCUGACUGACGGGGAUGCCAAUGUUGGUGAGAGCAGACCUGAAAAAAUCCAAGAGAAUGUGCGGAAUGCCAUCGGGGGCAAGUUCCCCUUGUAUAACCUGGGCUUUGGCAACAAUCUGAAUUAUAACUUCCUGGAGAACAUGGCCCUGGAGAACCAUGGGUUUGCCCGGCGCAUUUACGAGGACUCUGAUGCCGAUUUGCAGUUGCAGGGCUUCUAUGAGGAGGUGGCCAACCCACUGCUGACGGGCGUGGAGAUGGAGUACCCCGAGAACGCUGUCCUGGACCUCACCCAGAACACUUACCAGCACUUCUACGACGGCUCUGAGAUUGUGGUGGCCGGGCGCCUGGUGGACGAGGACAUGAACAGCUUUAAGGCAGAUGUGAAGGGCCAUGGGGCCACCAACGACCUGACCUUCACAGAGGAGGUGGACAUGAAGGAGAUGGAGAAGGCCCUUCAGGAGCGGGACUACAUCUUCGGGAAUUACAUUGAGCGGCUCUGGGCCUACCUCACCAUCGAGCAGCUGCUGGAGAAGCGCAAGAACGCCCAUGGCGAGGAGAAGGAGAACCUCACGGCCCGGGCCCUGGACCUGUCCCUCAAGUAUCACUUUGUGACUCCACUGACCUCCAUGGUGGUGACCAAGCCUGAGGACAACGAGGAUGAGAGGGCCAUUGCCGACAAGCCUGGGGAAGCCACACCGCUGAGCCCCGCCAUGUCCUACCUGACCAGCUACCAGCCUCCUCAAAACCCCUACUACUAUGUGGACGGGGACCCCCACUUCAUCAUCCAAGUUCCGGAGAAAGACGAUGCCCUCUGCUUCAACAUCGAUGAAGCCCCAGGCACAGUGCUGCGCCUUAUUCGGGAUCCAGUCACAGGCCUCACAGUUAACGGGCAGAUCAUCGGCGACAAGAGAGGCAGCCCUGACUCCAAAACCAGAAAGACUUAUUUUGGAAAACUGGGCAUUGCCAAUGCUCAGAUGGACUUCCAGGUGGAGGUGACAACGGAGAAGAUCACCCUGUGGAACAGGGCCGUGCCGAGCACUUUCAGCUGGCUGGACACAGUCACAGUCACGCAGGAUGGCCACUUUCUGGCUUCCUCUCGUAGGCUGUCUAUGAUGAUCAACAGGAAGAACAUGGUGGUCUCCUUUGGAGAUGGGGUUACCUUUGUGGUCAUCCUACACCAGGUGUGGAAGAAACAUCCUGUCCACCGUGACUUUCUAGGCUUCUACGUGGUGGACAGUCACCGGAUGUCAGCACAGACACAUGGGCUGCUGGGGCAAUUUUUCCAACCCUUUGACUUUAAAGUGUCUGACAUCCGGCCAGGCUCUGACCCUGCAAAGCCAGAUGCCACAUUGGUGGUGAAGAACCAUCAGCUGAUUGUCACCAGGGGCUCCCAGAAAGACUACAGAAAGGAUGCCAGCAUCGGCGCAAAGGUUGUCUGCUGGUUUGUCCACAACAACGGAGAAGGGCUGAUUGAUGGUGUCCACACAGACUACAUUGUCCCCAACCUGUUUUGA